AUGAACAAAAAUUACCAAAAAGAUUUAUUAGUCAGACAAUUGGCGAUGAGUAAAGCACAAUUUUAUUUGCGGACUGCCUCAGUUUAUAAACUUAGUUUGGAAGUAGCCGAGGGAGGUUUCUUUUCUCAAUUUUCUAUAGCUAUCAAAUCAUUUCUUAAUGAAGGAAAAACCUAUUUUAACACGGCAAUAACUAAAAACCUUCAAAAGUUAAAAUAUUACUUAAACGAAAUUAAUGAAGCAUUAGAAAAUGGUGAUAGUAAACUUUACCAGGCUUAUCAAACAGCACUAAAAGAAGAAAAAAUAAAAAUAAAGGCACUAAAAAAAAGUCCUUUCUUUUAUCAAGCAUGUAAAGAAGUUGAUAAAAAGUUGGGUUAUGUUGGUUUGGGACAACUACCAAUCAGUGAAGCCAAAAAUUAUGAGUUAAAAAUUGAAGGUGAGGCGGAACGAGGUCAACAAAUUUUUCAACACAUAAAAAACUCAAUAGUUAGUCAACCGGAAUGGAAUUUUCCUAUAAAUGGCGAAAAUUAUACCCGAAAAGUGGAAGAAAAAAUUAAGGAGUUGGAGGGGAAAAAAGACCAUCCACAACCAAAAGAAGAUGAGUUAAAAACUCACUUUUCCCAGUGGCAAAAGGAGCGAGAAAUCAACCCUAAUAAUUGCCCUGAGCAGUUAAAAGAAGUUUUAUCGAUAGUUAAUAAUAAACAGGAAAAUAGCGAGGGUGAAGAAAAUGAAAUAAUAAAAAUUAUUGUUAAGUUAAAAUUAGAAAUUGCUGAAUUAAAUACAAAAUAUAAAGUUGCCGAUUUAGUUCCUAGCAAUUGA